UCGGUGCGGGGCCGCGACCAGGGCAUCGCCGGCCGUUUCCUUUCCUGCCAUUCCGGCCCCCGGGGUUCUCCGUGCCUCAGUUGGUAACUCCUUCGCCGAGCGAUGACUUCAAAGCAUCAGGCGGACUGGAUCCCUUACAGUGUUUUAGAUGACGAGAGCAGCAACCUGCGACAACAAAAGCUUGACAGACAGAGAGCAUUGCUAGAACAGAAGCAGAAGAAGAAGCGUCAGGAACCAAUGAUGGUUCAGUCCAAUGUAGAUAGCCGCACAAGGACCCGUAGAAUGAAACAAUCUGAAGAACAAGCACCACUGGUUGAGUCUUACCUCAAUAGUAACAGCAGCGCUAUCUACCAUGCAGUACAAGAGACUGAGCAAGAAGAUGUCAAGGUGGCAGCAGACCCACAAGCUCUGAAAUCAACUAAAAAACCCAAAGCAGCCACAGGAGGCUGUCAAACAAGCAGCACUAGGAAGGAGAAGAAAGGAAAACAAAAAGGCAUUGAUGGUCCAGCUGCUUUUCAAGAUGAAGUACAGAUAGCAGGGAGUCAAGUUCAAAUUCUUACUGUUGGGGAAUCUUGCCAUGAUGAGGAUGAUGGAGAGGUGUUAGCUACCAGCCAACAAAGCAAACAAGACCUUAGAGUAACAAUGCAGAAAAAAGGCAUUUCAAGUAGCAUGAAUUUUGAUGAAGAGGAGGAUGAGGAGGAUGAAGAUAGCUCAAGUUCCUCACAGUUAAAUAGUAAUACCCGACCAGGUUCUGCAACAAGCAAGAAAUCAAAUAAGGAAACAGCAUCAGGGCCCAGCCCUUCAACCAAUAACCCUGUAAUAGAUGUGGAUGAUUUGGAGGAGUUUGCUGUGAGACCUGCUCCUCAGGGAGUUACUGUCAAAUGCCGAAUCACAAGAGACAAGAAGGGAAUGGACCGUGGAAUGUACCCCACCUAUUACCUCCAUCUAGAAAGGGAGGAUGGUAAAAAGGUAUUUUUAUUAGCUGGAAGAAAACGGAAAAAGAGCAAAACCUCAAAUUACCUCAUCUCCAUUGACCCAACAGACCUGUCACGAGGAGGAGAGAGUUUCAUUGGAAAAUUAAGGUCAAAUCUCAUGGGGACUAAAUUUACAGUUUAUGAUAAUGGCGUUAACCCAGUGAAAACAACAUCGAGUUUGGAGGCAAGUAAUCUACGCCAGGAGUUAGCUGCUAUUUGCUAUGAAACAAAUGUUUUGGGGUUUAAGGGUCCUCGUAAAAUGAGUGUCAUCAUACCUGGAAUGAAUAUGGAUCAUGAGAGAGUUUCCAUCAGACCACGGAAUGAACAUGAAACACUCCUCUCAAGAUGGCAAAACAAAAACACAGAGAGUGUCAUUGAGCUGCACAACAAAACUCCAGUCUGGAAUGAUGACACUCAGUCUUAUGUUUUAAAUUUCCAUGGUCGUGUAACACAGGCCUCAGUGAAAAACUUCCAAAUUAUUCACGACAAUGAUCCCGACUACAUAGUGAUGCAGUUUGGCCGUGUGGCGGAAGAUAUUUUUACAAUGGAUUAUAAUUAUCCUAUGUGUGCAGUACAAGCCUUUGCUAUUGCCCUGUCCAGUUUUGACAGCAAGCUAGCUUGUGAGUGAACAAGUUAUGCCUAAACUUCACUGCAGCCAAAACCAUGUGCCACUGGAAGAAGAAAACAUACAUUCCACAUUUUCUCUGGUGUCAUCAGUGGUCACAUAUUCUUAUGAGGCAGGUAAAAUUUGUUUUCUGAAGGACCAACCUUUUUUGAUGAAGAGAAAAUAUUUUAAAAAUUCAAGACUUUCAGGAAUGUUUUCCCCGCUUAUUCUCUAUUUUUCUGGAAGUGGCAUCAGAGCUCUAUAAAUAGAAGUCUUAUCUUAAUGUCCUCAGUUCUGUUAUAAAGAUGCACAUAAUUGUGGCUUAAGUGAAAAUACCAUUGGAAUCAAUGAUAUCUUUUUUUUUAAACCUAUAAAAGCUAUCACGAUACAGAUCUAGUUUUGGAUUUAAGACAUAUUCGGAGGCUGUCAGCAUACCUCAAGAUUUCAUUCACACUUUUGAGGAUUUUGUGUCACCCAUCUCAAACAUAAGACCGUGAGAAAGAUGCAAACUUUUUACAAGAAAGAAACAAGGUAGCGUUUACUCUCAAAGCCAAGACUGAAAUUGAUUUGUGAUGCUGCUUUAUGUGGGAAGGAAUGACAAAUUUUUAAUCCUGAUGGGGAAUGGAAUGGGUGGGUGGGAGUGGGAAUCGGAAGCACAAGUUAAUAUUGCACAACUCACUUGUACUCCAAGGUGUUAUUUUAUAGAUUGUGUUUUAAGUCUCACUUUCUGAUGUCAGUUCACUCUUGUUUUUAAGAAGGGAAGUUUGAUUAUGAGAAGUUACCAAAUGGAUGGGAGAAAUGAUGCUGAAUCAUUAUACUAACUAAAAAUUGGGGAAUAUUCUAAAAGAAAAAAAAAUGUGCUUCAACAUGUAUGAUGUCUCAGGUCCCACGUGUGGCAUGUUCUGUCCAAAAAAGUUUUCUGUCUUUUACCAUGCAGAGCUGCUGUCCUUUGGGUAGACAUGAUUGGACUUAAAAGUUGAAGGGCUGAUACUGAACAAAGUGUAUGCAUCUGCUGUAAAUUAAUUGAAUGACAUCUAAUUCUUUGAAUAGGCCUGUCUUGAUAGAGCUGCCUCUUUUAAGAAAUUGUUUAGAAGAUAACUGGAAUGAAUAGUGAAUGGCAUUUGCUCUUUUUCUGCCCCAAUAGAGGUAGUCCUUGACUUACAGCCAUUCAUUUAGUGACUGUUCGAAGAUAUGAAGACUUACGACCAGUCCUUGCACUUACGACAUUGCAGCAUCCCCCCAGUCACGUGAUAAAAAUUUGGCUGCUUGGCAACUGUAUUUAUGACAGUUGCGUCAUCCCAGAGUCAUGUGAUGGCCAUUUUCAACCUUCCCAGUUGACUUCUGACAAGCAAAAUCAAUGGGGGAAGCUGGAUUUGCUUAACAACUGCAUGAUUCACUGAACAAUUGUGGUGAUUUGCUUAACAACAACAGCAAGAAAGACCAUAAAAUUGUACACCAGCUUACUUAGCAAUGGAAAUUCUGAUCCCAAUUAUGGUUGUAAAUCGAGGACCACCCAUACUGAAAGUUAUAUGCAGAGAAAGCUUCCAAAAACAGAAAUUAAUUGCAAAGCCUUCUUGAUUUUAAACAGAUGGGUUGAAUCGGAGCUUUUAUUUUAUUGGUGCCUUGUCCAAAAACAAAGGGACAAUCUACGAGGGUACCCCUAUUCGAAAUAACAUUGGCAGCAAAAGAGAAUAUUACAUCAAUAGCAAUUUCUACAGUCCCCAAUUAUAGUCUUGACUACUGCAGAGGCUCCAUUAAAUUUUGGAGCAGAUAUGGAGGGCCUAAUGGAGGGCCUAAUGGAGAGAUAGAAUCACUAAAGAUGAGCUCGUCUCUUCAUCUCUUCAGCCAGAAGAAAAUCUCUGCUGGAUCAAACUAUUCCUACUAAUAGAGGGAGAUGCUUCUAUCUGUAGAUGAUUUUUUCUGGAUAUAACUAUUUAUGCAUGUUUGUGCCUUUUUACUAACAAAUCAUUAUAUUUCAGAACACAAGCUCAGGCUUGAUCUCAUUUUCUUGUGGUUUUUUUUUUCCAAACGUUAAGCGUACUAAAAAUUUGAAAUCAUAAUCAGCUUUGAAGGGGAUCUGAACAUUUAGCAUUAGUUUCGUAGUUGUUUCCCACAAUAUGAUAUUGAAUGUGGCUGGUAUACAUAGAAUAUAUGCCAAGACUCAGCAGUACCAGAUUUGAGGGAAACGUAGAUUUUUGGCUAUAUUUUCACUGGAUUCUACAAGGGCUGUUGGGUUAAUUGUAGCAGGUUUGCCUUUCUGUGACUUACUAAUGACAAUGUGCCGGUGCAGCAUAGAAAUGCAGGUGGUUGGUCUGGGAAUCUCCUUUUGUUUCAGAUAAUUAACAGUCCUCUUAUAGUAUGUGAACACUUCUAUGCAAAAACGCAAUCUGUUUGGUACGCUUUGAAAUUGCCAUUCUCCCAAGUCAAAGAAAACUGAUGACAAAAGAUGAAGUGAUCACUCUGUCAGUUGGAGAAAAACUAAAAGAAAGCUAAUUCAUCUAGCAGCACUUUUUGUAUAAUAACACACUCUGUGAUGAAAAGACAUGUAAGUCAGAGAGUUGAGUAGUUACAGAAUAUGGAGUACAUGAAGAUCCAUUCCCAGAUUUUGCAGCAAUCUUUUCCUUAGGUAUAUUAAUAAAUCUUCCCAAAAUUAGAUUUAUUUAAACUAAGGCUGCCAUUUGGACAACUUAUUUGAGGGUAAGCCCCCUGACAAUUAAUAUCACUUGCUCUGAGUACUAUGUUAGAAUUGCCCCUUAGGAAGUAUAUUUAAAGCUGUGGCCUCAAAUUUUUUGACUUGGUCAUAAAAAAUAGUCUUGUCAUUAUGAGUAUAUUAGCAAAUAUUUGGCCUAUGUCACAUUUAAACUCCUUGAAAUCAAACAGACUUCCUUUACCUAAGAUUCAGUCAUAUUUAUCUUAAUGGGUCAAUUUUAAACCUGAUGAAGCCUAGAUCUAAUUUGUUGUAUGAUAUGAAAUUUAGUUGUUUGGCUUACAUUCGUCCAAGGUUGAAAAGGGUUCACAAGGAGGAAUGCUCCUCUCUUAUCUGGACUGUUUUAAUUUUAUGCUGUUAUAUUUUUCUCUUGGUGAAUCCUUGCAAAUUGAGAUAAGGAACUUUUAGUGGAUAAGAUUUCAAAGUAUUGCUGCUUUUUUUCUCUUUUGCUUUGAUUGGACACAUUUGGAAAGAAGAUAGCCUCAAUGAUCCUACCUACCCAUUAUUGGUAAUGGGUACACUUUUCCUUGAACCAGUCUAUCUGCAGUGAUCUAGAUUUGGGGGGGGGGGAGCUGCAAUCUUGUGAUUGUGAACUACCUAUUUUGUUUUCAAUUUUUCUAACCCUGAAGAAGCAUUGUAAUGGUGACAUCAUUUGGGGAGCAGGUUGGAUGGUUUUCAGAGAGUUUGAAUGUUAUUUUGGGGCAGGGUAGGAAAGUUUACCAUAUUUUGUUGUCCUUUGUUUUGUGGGUUUUUAUUUCAAGGUAUGGUCAUAGAGGUGAGUUAAACAAUAGUAGAAAAAUUUUCUCAUUAGUACACAGAUACAGAUACAUAUGUGUGUAGAGCAGCCUACUUACUGUUGUUACUGCUUUGGCUAAAAAAUGUCAGAAGCAAGCUCAGCAAUCUUUACUUUCUGAUUUGUACCUUGAAACAAUUUGGAUUAAUCUUAAAGAAAUGCAUUUCCUUCCCAAAUGAAAAGAAAACUCACAUUGAGAAUGGAAAACUCUCUUCUGUACUUUUCAGGCUCGCUAUGUACUCCAUCAGUCAUUAGACAAUCUUAAAGCAAUGCUGAUGAUGAUGUUUGGGGAGGCAAAACAAGCAAGGGGGCAUAGUACCAUAGGGAUCUAAAGGGAGACAAGGCAAAGGAUGAAAUGAGCAUCUUAAUUAAGAAUACAAAUUGCCAUUUUUUUUAUGUUUUGUAUAUGCAGGUAUGGAAUGGAUGGAGCUUGAGUUGUGACUUUGUGAAAGUUGUUUGUUCGUUCUGAUGAAACAUUCAAAUUCCAUGAGCCACCUAUUUAAGGCAACUAGAAAUAAAAAGCAUGCAUGGUAUAAAAAGUGGAUGGAAUGGAAUGUCCCUACCACCCACCUCACUACCUCCUGGCAGUUAAGGUCAGGCCACUUCAUUGAUUGGUCUUAAUUCAGCACAGCAAAUAUUUCUUGAAGCAACAUAUGGACUUCUAUGUAACAAAUUUUAUUUUACCCUCAUAGAUUGUAGUGCAGAACAUUGACUAAAUGUUAAUGGCAUGCAAUUCAUCUAAUGGCUUGGUAAAAUAUCCAUCUGUGACCCACUUGUGAACUUUGAAACUAGAUCUUAGUAUUCUUUUUAAUCAAUAAAGGAGAAUAUUUAAUAUAUUUAAUAUUGAAUAAUCUCCUUUAUUGAAUCUUAGUCAUUUUGCAAAGUGAGAUAUUGGAUUAGAAGGACCAUGAAUCUGAGCCAACCAAGCUUACUUAUGUUCUUUUAAAAACAUUUCUAGAGCUUUCGCAGCAGAUUCUUUUUUUUUAUCUUGACGUGCAUUAGCUGGAUGACCACUCCUUACAAGACCAAGACAACUAGGCUAGAUAAUUUUGAUGGCUAUAUACUCAAGAGAAUGACUAGAUAGGCAUUUCUGGAAAUCAUUCUCUAUUAUGAAAAGCCUCCCAUUAAUAAAGCCUUAUGGGCUUUAUGCGUAUAUGGAUUCUGAUUGUCCCACCCAUGAGCCCUAUUGAUGUGCCCUCCUCCUAUUGGUGAGGCUUUCCAUAAGGGUUUGGAAACUAAGAACAACAUGGGCAUAACAUAAAAAUUCAAAGUAGUUUCUUUAUUGCAUGUUCUCAGGAUGGAUGAUUUUUUAAAAAAAAUAAAAUGGAUUUUUUAAAAAUUUAAAUCAGGUUGUAGCAUGAGGUUGUAUAUUCUGCAAUAUUUACAUUUUUGGUAAACUAAUUCAGUGAAUCCAAGCUUUGCAAGCUGAGAUAACAUGCACUGCAUUGAUGCAAUCACACAAUUUCACAGUAACCAUGAGAAAAAUGAUAAAACAAAGUUCAGGAAUAUGCCUUUAUUUCAUUGUUUUGCAAAUCUAUGCACACUAAAAACUGUAUGAUUGUUUGAAGAGAAAUGGAUCUGUACCACUAGGCUCCAAGUGUGAGGAGGAAGGGCAAGCAGUAAAAAUGAAAGUGAAACCUUCUAAGCAGCUUAUAAAUAUAAUAUUAAAGAGCACCUGUCAUUUCAGAUCCAUCAUGGCAGCACCUGUUAGCGGGCAUCCACUCAUCUGCUGUCUGCCAUGAUGGAUCUGAUCUCACCUUGUUUUUCUCACUGCCGCACCACCAGCCAUCCCAUUAAAGUGAAUGGGACUGUAGGUGAGUCAACAGCUGGGCAGAGGAGGAGCUGCUGUGGGACAGAUGACAGUUGCUCUUUAAAAAGUAUGAUUUAAAUCGAGUUGAUUUAAAUCAAGCCUUUUUACUAGUGAUUUAAAUCAUGAUCAGCUUGGUUUAAAUCAAAUCCACCCUAAUGUUCUCCCAUAGACAAAAUCCUGUUGGACCGAAGCAGACUCUGCAUAACUAUCUGAUAAAUGCUGAGAAGAAAUUGGGGAGGAUCCCUCCUGUGUAAUUUCUGCCUAGCAAAGAUACUUCUCUUUACUUCUCCCUGUUGUAACUCAGUGCCAGAUUCCAUCACAAUUAAGGUGGUUCCAUCUGCUACAAUGUACUAGAAGUUGUCAUGUCUAAAAAUAUCUAUGUAUACUUUUUAUAAAAGUUCUGAAAUAAAAACGCCUAACUAGUCGUAAUACAAUAAUGUCCAUAUUGUAUUCAGCAAUCAAAAUAAUGGUUUCUAGUUGAAGUGUAGUAUCUUCUUAGGUAGCAAAUAAUGUUGAUUCCUUUCCCAAUAUUUUGGUUCACUUUAUGAAAAAGCUACAUUUUCAUCCUCAUCAAAAGUCUCUGAAAAACUCCCAAGUCAAGAUCAGCAACCAAAUUGUAACACUCACCCAAUUUGACCUGAGCAUUUGGAAGUCUAGUGAAUAAUAGUGUAGGACAUCAGUAAUAGGUUGAAAAACUUCUUUAAUGUGAACAGGGAAAAGAACUUUGAAAGAGUUAAGCAAGAAGUCACAAAUAUUUUUGGAUGCUCAGAAUUUACCUACAUGGGUGUGUAAAUAUUUCUAUGUAGUUUUGUAAUUUUAUCUUCCUUGACACUAAUUUUAGGAAUUCAAGAAGUUGCUGUAGUGUUUCAGUUUUUGCCUAUUUAUUACCGAAAAAUGGGAAAUGAACUGGACGUUUGCUCCACAAUGUUAGAAGCACUUUUGUUAAGGAAUUAUGUUUAGUCAUGGCAAAAAGCAGAGUGCAGUGAAUAAAGCCUACAAUGUAAUUUCACCUCUUCUCCACACUGUUCAAACUCUCCCAAAGUUCCAUAUAUUAUGUAGAACUGGAAUAAAGCACAUCAAGAAGGUUAGCCAGAAAUGCAUUAUACUUUUUUGAGUCAGGAUAAUUUGUUAUCUUUGCUUAGCUCUCUUCGUAGACAUGUAAUAUUCCAGCUGCAGAAAUACCAAGGUGUUUGUGUAAAUGUCAGGAUAUGAAAGAUUAAGAAAGCGUAGCGCUGUGGCACCAUCAGAAUGAAAAUGAAAAGCAAAUAAAUUAAAACCAGCUUGUAAAACACAUGAGAAAUUAUAUUUCAUUUCCCCUUUCUUAUAGCAUUCUACGAAUUAUUGUUUAAUAAAGUUUAUGCUGCAACGUGUUGAUACCUUUUUCUUGAACUCUGAGACUGGUGUUCUAACCACAGAGAAAAACCUAAAGAAUACUCUUAGUAUUCUCUUAGUUUUGAGAAACUAUUCAUACAACUGCAUUGAUACUCUAGUUCUGCUUUAUCAGGUAGAUUUGGCCCAGAGAACAAGAUAGCAUGUCUUGUUCCAGAUACUGUUUCCAAAGAAAAAAAGGCAAAAUUCAGAUUGGUACUUACCAAAAGAAGUAAGUCCCCAAACACUUCUCUGCUUGUUUUUUAAGAGGUAAGCCUCUCUAAUGCAACUUGGUUUAGACCUCAACAGAAGCCAGAGAUUUGGUUUAAACAUCACUUAGAACACACAGUGAACAAGUUUUAAUGCUAUUAAUUGACUCUGGUGCUGCAGGACCUGGCAUGCCAGGGGAAGAUGCCAAUCAACUAACACACCCCUGAUGUUUAUUUUAUCUGGCUGUAAACCGCCCUGAGUCCUUCGGGAGAAGGGCGGUAUAAAAAUUUAAAUAAUAAUAAAAAAUGUAAGCUGAAUCGAUACUCUUGCUCAAAGCAGGCACAUUUGGAAGCUAAAGAUAUCUGAUGCCCAUCCAUUUUUUUUUUCUUAUAACAUCUCUCUUUAUAUAAUUUUGUUUGCUUUUUCUUUUAAAAGAAAACUUUUUAAAAAGUCUCUUUUUUAAUAUUUUCAUUUCAGACUUGGCUCUAGUGUAAAGCUUAUUUUAUGUAUAUAUACAGUAUAUACCUGUAUGCAUGUAUAUGUAUUGUUUUCCUUUUUUUUUUUUUUUUGCUUCUUGUUUUGUUUUACUUAAUAAGAAAAAUUGUGAUAACUGAUCGCAUUCCUUAUGUUAGGAAAUGUGAAAAAAACUGUUCUCUUGGGCAAAUUAUGGCAGUUCCAUGGAACUGUAAGUUUAUUCCUUUUCUUUCUCUCUGUCCCUCUCUUAUUCUAAUCUCUUCUUCAGUUUCUCUUGGGUUUCACUUUCCACCUCAUUAGAGAAGGCAUUGGCUGUUCUAGAAAAUGAGAGGUGACAUUUUAGGUGUAGGUGUACAUAUAGAUACUAUCUAAUCGGAAUUAUUUUUUAAUUGAGAAAAACCCAUUGCAGCUACUUUUAUUGGUUAAUCAUUGCAACCACUUUAUUAUUUUUAACACAUAUGUUAUCCUAUAAAGCUAACAACACAAGUUAUAUGUGUAUAUCUCCGACACAAGGUUUUUCUCUGUUCUACUGCUUUCCAGAUUUUGGGAUAGAGACUUUGUUAUUUCGCAGAUAGUUGGGUUAAAGGCAUUUUGAGAAUUGCAGUUCAACAUAUUUGGGUGAGGUUCAUCUUGGCUGUUAUAAAUUCACCCAGAACAAUUUUCCUAGUUACACAACAUUUUCCUUCUUAUGACAUUUUCUAAUUAUGUUAAUGCAGUUCUUCACUGGAGGGAUAUUUGCCCUUCUAGUAUUCACUUAGAUUCAAUCUUCCUGAAUAAAUCCCUGAAUUUUAACUGAGCCAAAAUAAAACUUUGUAUAUGUCAAUGUUAACGUCAUGUUAGGAAUAAAAUGGGUUAAAGUAAAAUAACAUGAUCUCGGGCCAUUUUGAGUGGGGCUGAUUUGGUUUGGAAUCUAACAUUACAUAGAGGACCACAGAAUUCUAUCCCUGAAUUAUAGUGUAUUUCAAAAGUAACCUGAACAUUCCUAGUAAUGUCCUUGUUUGGCAUUGUGGCUGCUUUUCUGUUUAGACUUUCAUUGAUUUGCCAAAAGAAAAGAAAAAGAAAAAAAUCAAGCACUGUUUGCUUUGAAACCCAUUACUAGUGCAUCAACAACUAUCUAUAAUUGUAAAUAUCUCCUGGUACUUUGCAUAUAUUUAAUUGUGAAGAGCAAAGUAGGAUUCAGUGCACAAGUGGCUUGCAGAUACUAUAGCACCUGAUGGGAACACUUAAAGCAGUUGCAUCAUUUUCUGGGCUCGUGCCACUGUCUCUCAUAACCGGUGCACAAAACUAGAAAAGACAUGUUGAGAUGAUACAAAUGCACCAAAUCAUGUUUGCCCUGGUUGCAUAGUUCAAAUAUCUAUAUUUUGGAUUUAAGUGGUUAAGGUACCUGCUAGAAACCUGGAGACUUGAGUUCUAGUCUUGUCUUAGGCAUGAAAAACCAGCUGGCUGACUUCAGGCCAGUCACUCUUUCUCAGCCCAGCUCACCUGACGGUGCUGUGAGGAAAAUAGGAGGAGGAAGGAAUAGUUGUACAUUCGUUGAUUUAUUUUACAAGCCCUACUUGUUACGUAGUUUUUGAGAUGCUUGUUUUAUUAAGUGGAUUCCUUAGCGUAUGGGGGGCUUCAACUGAUUAAAGGUAAAAAAAGGUAUUGGAUAGCAAUUUGGUAUUGCUGUCUUUUAAGUAUGAAAUUUUGGGAGGUCAUGACCUUCAAAUGUAGCAUAGAUGUAUAGACUUGGUAACAUUUCCUUGACAGUAAUUGUUAAAAGCUGCAUCUAGUGAAGAGUAAGUUGAAGCAGAGUUACUCUUUUAUUCUGCUAUUCUUUAUCUCUUAUCGCUCCUUCUCCCAAUAUAUUUCUUUUACUCUUGCUAGAAAGCUGCUAGAAGAGGACAGAGUCAUCACGAUCUUCGUGAAUAUCAUGAUCUCUCACCUACAUGGCCAAUUUGUAUAGGGAUUUUAAAAUUAGGACUAGAAUCAAAUGUUGCCCAUCCUGGUAUAUAAAUCUGUGAAAUGAUCAAGAUAUAGUAGCAGAUUAAUGAGGGAGGUUUUCAGUUAUAACAUAAACUGGAAAUUAUUACAAAUUCCUACAGAAUUUUCAAAGUGCCAUUAGGAACCAAGAUUCUGCCCUCAAAAUUUGCAGAAGAAAUCAAUGAACUUGCUUUGAAGCACUUCCUGUUUUCCCUCAAUUCUGAUUGGUUUUUAUGUUUCUAUCCCCCUCCUUCCAUCCCCAUGUGCUUGUUCUUUGUAUAUCUAGUUAUCAAUGAAGAACUGCACUCCCUUAAGAGUGUUAGAUUUCCAUUCUGUCUUUUCUCCAGGAGCUCCUUUGGGUGUGAUGCUUUCUUUUCCAGUUUUUCUCAUAACAAUACCCCCGAAAGGUGGAUGAGGUUGAGAGGAAGCUCUUGGCCCAAGUGUCCCUGGUAGCUGAGUACCUGAAAAAGUCUUGAAUCCAUAUCUCGCCAACUGAUACCCAACAAAGUAAAACCACAACAUUAUGUUAUGCAACCAAUUAAGGCAAAAGCAAUUGGGGAAGCAGGGUAAAUUAACAGCUUUGGCCAAGUGGCUAUUGUCUGUAAUAUAAAGUUGGCCAUUCUCUUGAUGCCUGAAUUCUAAGGAAUAAAUCAUUGUCUUGCACAUUGGCAAAGAACAGUAUGGGAAAAUUUAUGAAAGAUCCAAACUUUUUUUUAUACAUGAUACAUGUAACAGGAAGAACAAAUUAAAAAUGUAGUUUUCCUGGGCUAUUGUAUUAAUGUUUUACAAACCAAGGAAAAACACAUGAAGUACGUUGUUUUUUUCUUUUUCCAAAGGUGCUUCAAAAUUGCAAAUUCAGCAGAUGCUGCCUGACUCUGUUUAUGGAGCUUAAUUUAAGAAGGCUGUCAUUCUGCUACUCUCUUUUCAAAGAAUAAUUUGUUGGUCUCACAUCAGAAGAGACACAACUUUGAUUGCCCUGUGCAAAAAAGAAAAAGAAAAACCAGUUAUCUAGUCAGCCUACUGACAAGGCAAAGACUUCUUUAAAUAGUUUUUAGCUGGAAAAAAAGAGGGAUGAGAAGAAGUUAUUCCUAUUCUGUUAAUGUGGCAAUAUUUUGUUUAAUUUUCUGGACAAAGAUCCCAGUUUUAUCCUGGGCCACCAUGACUGGUCUGUAAAAUGAUUCAGGUGAUGGCAAGUCAGCAACAAAGAGGUAGAGUUUUCUCUUUUUUACCAUCUAGCGAUUAUCAGUUUUGUAUUCCUGAUCUUAAUAGUGUUUAUUAAGUAUUAUAAUGGGAGAAUGAGCCACAUUUAAUACAGCAAAACUCAAUUCUGAGUAGGCAUGCAAGAGAAACUGAUACCUUUGCUUCUUUUAGAUGGAGCUGUUGUGCUUUUCUUUUUCCUCCUCUGUUGUUAAUUCUGGGCCAUUGAAAUGUGUCUCCCAUUCCCAGAUUUGGGCUGUACAAGUUUCUCAACCCCUCAUUAGACUAUAACGAAGACCAUAUCAAAGAAAGCAUGAUUUGGAUGUCUUGUUUGAUUGGACCUAAAGAAUGAUGAUUGUUUUGUGGCUUGAGAAGUAGAAUACGUGCAAUUGGAUCAGUGAGACAGAGAAAUAAGUGUAUAUUUUUUUAAACUGCAUGAUGUGCUUUGCAAGGCAUUCAACAGCCAUGUCCUACCCUCCAAAUUCUGGAACAUUGACAAGUGUGCCACAAGCACUGAAUAAGCCAGCUGCCUUUUCUGUUUUGUGUUUUUUUCCAGGCUAACUGAAACCUAACUCAGGAGAAUUUAGAAUAGAAAAACAGGGCAAGAAGAACGAGCUGUCCCCUUCAUUAGCACUAUAGCCUUACUGGCAUGUAGCUUUGACUCUAAUUCCAAACAUCCCAAACCCUGCCCUCGUUGCAUUUAGUUUUAUAAUUUAGGCUGGUUGGAAGGUUGGCCAUGGAAAAUCUUUCAAAUUUAGACUUCACAAAUGAAAUACCAAUUUAAAAAUAUUUCUUUUUCAUGGAUUGACUAUAGAUUUGAAAAAGCAUUAUCAGGGCAUUUAAGCUCUAAACCAGACUUUGACACAUCUGAUGUCUUUUCUGUGUGCUCUGGUUUGUAACUCCCAGUAUUAGAAUGAAUAAAAGUCCCAUCUGUGAUAUACUCCAGCAACAUCUUACAACUUCCAAAUCUCCCAUGGCAGGGUUAAACACUGCCAAGUUCACCAGCCAUCUAAAAAUACUGGCUGUUCCUUUUUAGAGGAAAGAGUCUGUAACAAGGACAUUUGGGAUAUUAACCAAGGCCAGCCAACAUGCCUGGGCCCUUGCAUUUCUCAUUUCUCAUUUCUCAUUCCAGGCUUCCCUUUAGAUUGUUGGCCUACAAUUCUCUUAGAAGACAUUUUGAGAAAACUGGCAAGAGCAUUUCCACAUUUUUCUCAACUAUUAUAAAAAUUUGGGGUUCCUAGGAAAAAUUAUAGCUAGAGUCGACUCUCCUCCUCUCUCAGUGCUCACAUCACCCCUUCAAAAUUCAGUAAGAUUUGGAGCAUCAAAUUUUUGGGGUGCCUCAUUAUCAGAUGCCAUCUGUAGAGGACACACCUAUACAACACUCAAGAAGUUGCACCAUUACGGUUAGCUGUUGUUCUUUGGCUUGAAAAAUGGCAAGCAAUGAACAGGUAGAUCAGGGGUGUCAAACUCGCAUCAUCACGGCAGCAUCACAUGACAUAUCACGACUGUUUUCCCCUUCGCUAAAUCAGGCAUAGGUGUGGCCAGUGCAUCCAGCCCGCCAGUCGCGAGUUUGACAGCCCUGAGGUAGAUUAUAAAUCCUAAUUAUAAGUGCGGCAAAAGCUGCCAGGCCAAAAGUCUGAUAUUCAGUUACUCUGAAGGGUCCAUCCCAUCACAAACUUUAAUGGUUGAUGAAAUAUAGAAAAUAUAUUGCUAGUAGGCUGCAGACAAAUGUGUAGCAUUGAAGGCAGAAUAUUUAGAUUUAACUGUCUCCUCAAAAAUAUGUAUGUGCAUAUAUAUAUUUUAAAUGUCAGCUGGCUUCUCAGUUGUACAAAGCAGAACCUGGAGUGCAAGUGAACAAAAUUUGCUAGCAAUGUUUUCUCUCAUGGCUAACACAUUCUAAUUCAUCACUGUGCCUUUCUUAAAACAAACCAAUGAUCAUUCUAAUAGAUUUUGACCACGUUCCUGUCUCAAGUUGUUUUAAAUGAUGUUUGAAUUAAGGAGGGAGGGUCUAAGAACAAUUAGGAGUAAGAACAAAUAUUUAAACAGUUGUAUUUUUGCAUAAAGCUUAGAAUGUGUUAUGUCAAUUUGCACAAGACUGUCUUGUCCUGUUUAAGCAGUCAGGCAUUUUUUCGUUUGAUUCAAACUCUAUAGAAUUUUAGAUAAAUCUGAGAAAAUGUGGUUUUAUGAUGCCGAUUUUUUAAAAAGAAUACUUUGGUAUUUCUGAAGCAAAUGUAUUUAUUUAUGUGUAUAACUAAUUUGGUAUUUUCACAUAAUUUACAUUGUGUAUGUUGUAGAGAUUACAGUAUAUGUCAAUGCAGAAAAUCUGUGCAGAAAAAAUUAAAACUUGAAUUUGUUUCAAAGAAUGGUGGUAUUUUUUUUAGAACAGCCAUAUUCAUCACUUUCUAUUUGUCUUUGUUCUUUAGAACAUAAAUUAAAAUUACUUA